GUGGAUUAUAUGUUGAUCAGAAGUGAACUUCUCCUUUUAUGCUUACAGUUAGUUCAACGUGGUUCACUUUCACACUACGAUUCAAUUUUAACUCGAGGUGAACAACGCUGAGCAAGUGGGAUAUAAUUUUGUUCUGUAGUUUGGAUUAUCCCCAUAAUAAACUGUAAACAAGAUUCAUUCACAUACUACUCCAAAAAGAAAAUUAAAACAAAUGAUUAAAAUACUGGCUGUAGUUUUCAUUUAUUGAAAUCAUUGACCACUUAUCUUAUGGAUUACUUAAAGAAUAAAAAACUUAAUUGGAAAUUGGAACCAUUCCCAGAAUUAUUGCAGUUUAAAACAGUUGAAUCAUCCUGUUCUGGAUUGUUAUUCAAUCAUCCAAGGCCAGUGGAUUUUGUUAGAUCUCAAUGGGAAUGGUUUGCACCGAAAUACUUCACUAUCUAUCGUGUAUUAUUAGCAAUUGUUCUUUUCAUUUGGCUUAUAUGGGAUAUAACAAGAGAGACAAUUAAAUAUUUCGAUAAUGUUGGUUAUAGAUGGUUCACAUAUGCAACUAAUUGGACAUUUACAAUCUUUGUACUACUUCAUAUACUACUGGCUAUCUACUGCCUAAUUUAUAAUAUUAAAUAUGUCAACAGUGAGCCAAGAUUCUACCAACCGAUAUGGUUUCUUUAUAAUUUAUCAACAACAUGUUCACUGGUGAUUUGUCUUGUCUUUUGGUUUGCAUUAUCCAGAAGUUCGUUAGGAGUGUUCGCAAGUUGGCAGGGCCGUGUGAAGCAUUCACUAACUGGAAUCUUAGCUAUAACAGAUUUAUGCUUAUGCGCAAUACCAGUUCGUAUGUUACACGCCAUAUAUCCAUUCCUCAGUGGUCUGUUGUAUUCUUUUUUCACCUAUUUCUUCUGGUUAAUUCGUGGUAAAGGUGCUUAUGGUAUAGGACAAAUUUAUCCAGGUAUUGAUUGGGAUAAACCCAAUUCUGCUGUGCUAGCAUGUCUUUGUGGUUUGAUGACGUCUAUCAUAUGCCACAUAAUAGUUUAUAUAAUCUAUUUUAUACGCGUGAAGAUAAGCGCCAAAGUUGGUGGCCGUGGUUAUAUGCUUGUUGAACCGGUUAGUGAACAACAGCAAGGUUAUGAUAAUGUAGAAUUUGACUUGAGCGAUGAAACUGGUCGACAAGAGGAAAAGUUACCUGUCUCAAAACCAGAUAUUAUACAAAAUUCAGCAACAUCAACACAAAAAUAUGGUACAGUGGAAUAAGAUCCGUUAAUUUGAAUAAACAAACCAAAGCGAAACAAUUAUGUUGGUAUCUGUUUUCUGUAAUGGUAUUUGGGUAAAAAUUAAUUUCAGAUGAGCAGUUACAGUGUUUAAAUUUUCGUUUUUUUUUUUUUUGAAGAAAAUAAACAGCCAUUUUGCCAAGAUGUUAUCUGUAACAAAUGAGUUGAAUAUGUAUCUUUUGCAUUGGAAUGUUUGUUUCGUUUUUCUGGGUUGUUUUCAAUACAUGGAUUCCAGAGUUUAACGUAUACAUACAGUAUUAUGAUGUUGAGCUCACCUACUUGAGAUAUAAAAC